GUGACAAUGGUGAUCAAGCGAAGAAAAAAAUUAAAAAUUCAACUAGUGGAAAAUAUAAUAAAUUACGGAAUCAUGAAGAUGAAACGGAAGAUACUUUAGAAAUUCAAUCAAAUAUGAAUACAUCAGAUAUUUUUAAUGAAUCAAAUAUUAAUGAA